GUUUAAUUACUUAGAUUAUUUAAUAGAAUUUUAAUUAAUUAAGAAUUGAUUUAACAAUUAAUGUUAAUAUUCAGUACAUUAGUUAAUAGAAAAUUAAUUAAUUUGUGAUUAAUUAACAAUUUAUGUUUAUAGUAUAUUAGUUAAUAGAAAUUUAAUUAAUUUGUGAUUAAUUAACAAUUAAUGUUUAUAGUACAUUAGUUAAUAGAAAAUUAAUUAAUUAGUGCGCAUCUAAGUAUGAUAUUGUGUAAAUUUGUAGAUAAUUAGAUAUGGAUGAUGCGGGUGGGAAUGAGUUGUAUAGAUUCAAUGGUAGGGUUGUUGAUGCAUCAGCACGAAGGAAGAAUAAGGAGAAUAAGCGCUCUCGAGAUAUUGGACAUCAGUCACAGGCAAAUUUAGGGGAGGAUGAGUUAGAGGCUCCUACUGUAGUUGCUCGUUCGGCAUCACCGGCGUCUGGUUCCCAUGGGAGGAACCAGGGUGGUGCAUCGAGAGUGGUCUCGGCUGAGUUUGAUGAGGACGAUAAUGAUGAGGAUAUCGAGGUCCCUCCACUUACGCGUGGACAUGGACGAGGGCCGUCUUGUACGGCAACAUCACGUCCUGCUAUGUAUAGGGACCGAGCUGGGCGAUUCGUACCACCUGCUCGUCAGGAGACAGAGAGCUCGGGGACUGGACGGAGUAGGGGAGGACGUUCGAGUGGUCCUCCACCGUGGGAGCUUGUUGGCGAGUGUCCUGGUGGACCUACAGAUCCUAGCCUCAUUAUAAGCUUUCGUGGUCACGUUGCCUAUGCGCUUUGGACGGGGGCUGGAGAUCGAGGGGUCAUCAGUUGCUACAGCCGUACAUCGGCGGUUUCUUAUCUGAGUAGCUACGUGUUUAGUCAUGUUGAGGUGGAGGAACUGGUUCAGCAGUCAGGUCUCCAGCACCUGAUCUACUCUACGUUCCGCAAGAUAGCGAUUGACGAGGCUUUGAUCUCAGCUUUUGUGGAGAGGUGGCAGCCAGACACGAACACCUUCCACUUGCCUUUUGGAGAGAUGACGAUCCUCCUCCACGAUGUUCAGUACUUACUGCAGAUUCCUGUUGAGGGACGACUGAUGAGUAGGAGUUCUGCGCAGCUUGACCAUCCGGAGGCGGGUUUGUGAGCGCUUCUUGGGAUGAACUCGGAGCAGUUGAGUGGUCGUUCGGAGGUCUCUAGAUACAAUACAAUACAUCAAUAUUCCUGUGAACCUAAAUGCUAAUUUCAAGUCUUAACCGCUAAAUUCAACUCCUAAACUCUAAAUUCAAUUCUUACACGCUAAAUUCAACUCUUAAACGCUAAAUUCAACUCCUAAACUCUAAAUUCAAUUCUUACACGCUAAAUUCAACUCAUAAACGCUAAAUUCAACUCCUAAACUCUAAAUUCAACUCCUAAAAUCGAAUUUUUCCGAAAAAUUCCAAAAACAGAAGGUGGGCCGAAAAAAUCCGGCGGCCGAAACCUGGCCGGGCCGAAAAAUUCCGGUGGCUGGAACCUGGCCGGGCCGAAAAAUUCCGGCGGCCGGAGCUAGGCAGAGCCGAAAAUAUCUUGUGGCUCAGCCUGGUUCCGGCCGCCGGAAUUUAUCGGCCCGGCCAGGUUCCGGCCACUGGAAUUUUUCGGCCCGGCUAGGUUCCGGCCGCCGGAAUUUUUCGGCCCACCUUCUGUUCAUUUCAAAUUUUCGGAAAAAUUGUUCGAAACUACAAAAAAAUUACGCACCUGCUUAGUGAUGAUUCAUUGAUGCAUGUACGCAGUAUAUGUCGAGGAUAGGCUUUCCCGAUGAUUUUCCGGCGACUUUUCCGGCGAGCGUUGAAUUUUUCUGAUUCAAUACGUUCUCUGAAAGUUGGAUAUGUUGUAGAUUGUGAAACUCCUUAACCAAAGAUGUAUAUAUAUAUACUUUUUUUUUUGUUGGCGGCAAAUAGCAAUUUGGUUGGCGGCAAAUAGCAAGCCCCAUAUAUAUAUGAUCCCUCGUCUAAUGAAUCUUAUAAAUACCGAAGAAAAAUAAACAGAUCGAAUUAACAUUUGGACAGAACCAAAACAGACCAAAUACACUUUGUGUCACGAU